AUGUAUAGCCGCCGCCUGCUCAAAUACCUUGCGGCGGCGGCCUUCUGGCGCUGGCUUCCAAGGGCGAUGUCGUUGCUGCACAUUCGUGAUGGACCUAUCGGCCUACCGAGCAACGUUAGUAUCAGGGCGGAGCAUCGUCAUCACAAACAACGCAAGAAAACUGAAAUCCCUAGCGAUGUGCCGCCUGCCAAAUUGAGCACCGAGGCUGUAUCGGAAAUCGCAACUGCGUCACAUUCGAUCGAGGCCAUGCGGGACCAGCUGAAGGAAGAGCAGAUUCAGGGGAUUCACAUCGACCUGCCGCAAAUACCUGCGAAGUCAGUAUUGCAACUCAUACCGGCGUUUUUGUACAGUCUGCCGUCGAACAUGAUGGGCGUCAAGCGUUUUGUCGAGGACUCCACGUACGCUUUGGUCAACAUGGGACUCCAAAGCGUGCUCGGGUCACAGGUGUUUCGGAAUGUGCUCUGCACCCCUCAAUCGAAUGAGGCGGAAAUGCUCAUAUGCGUGACUGACAUGGUCGCCAACAUAUCACGGGUCAUCCACACUGGCAUCACAGUGCUGACCCUGAAUUUCCGCAGCUUGGUGGGCGGGAAAACUGCGGCUGACGCCCUUGUCAGGCUGAACACGAUCGCCGCCAAUCCGCUCAACAAAACGUUGAUGAAGGUGCUGGGAACCACGGCGGUGCUUUAUAUCACUAUGAUGCGCGAGUCUGUGCCGGACGAGACCAAGGUGCUGGCCGGAUCCAUCAUGACCGAGCUGACAUCGCUUCCCAUCGUAUCAAACAUCCCAGACACAUCAAGCGGAGGUUUCGGACGCGUCAAUGUUGUGUUACCGAGGCCAAGCCGGAUGCACCGCGCCGACUACGACAUCGCAAAGCUGCAGGCCGGAGCCGGAGAACGAGAUUUGCUAAGCUCAAUCGCCUGA